AUGGAGAGCAGUAAAUUACUAUAUUUAGUGGAAAAGUGCUACAGGAGUAUAUGUGUUCAAGGGAGGCCUUUGUUUUUAGAUGAAUCGGGUGACCUUUGUAUUUCUUCUUCUGAGAUUAUUUCUGCCAUCAGAGAUUCUGCAACAGGGACUGCUAGAGAGACACCAGAAGGUUCAUCUGUAUCUAUUUCUUGUAUUUUACUCUGCAGUCCAGUUACACCUUCUCGCGUCAAAGAAGCAUCUAAUUUUCUGGUAGUUCUUCUGUCAUGCAGACUUUUUUCUACCUUAAGAAAUCUCUGUAACGAAUUGAAACCUUCUUUAAUUACUCGCCGAAUUAUGGUGCACGCGCUUUCCUGUGUGAAACACUGGAUAAACGAGGCUUUUGUCUUUUUAAAUGUAUCCCCUUUAAGAGAAUUAGCACACGAAUUGAGUAUUUUACAGGUUAUGGAGUCUAUUUUGAGUGAAAAUAAUCUGCUUAUAAAAAAGUGUUGUUCUAGCCUUGCUAGAUAUCUGGUGACAGCUACGCUUCAGCAGAAGAAAUUAUUUUUUCUUGCCAUUGACCCACAUGGUGAAAAGAUUGAUAGUUGCUUUGGACUAUACAGAAAAUAUUUAGAUGAACCGUUGAUAGUUGAUAACGCUGUCUUGAUUUGUAUAUCAUUAAGUAUUGAGGCAAAACUACUAUUGUUUAAUUCUAAUAACCAUGGGGGUAAUUUAUUGCUUUUUUCAUGCUCUCUUAAGAUAAGAGGCAAAGAAUUGGAAACAUUUUUGAGUUUAUUACAAACUCUGAAUAUUGUUUUUGUGGCCUCUCAAAGAUUAUUAGAUACUGAAGUGAAAGAAUCUCUCUUUGACUUGGGUAUAGUUCCUUUGGAACGCCUUUCAUUGAAUUACACUCAUAUGGUGGAAUUGGUGACAGGUGCUACUCCGUUUCAUAGUUUUUCUGAGUUUCUUUUAUCUAUGAACUCUGGAGAUAUGGGAAUUCGGAAUACUAGAAUUCUUCUUGGAUUUGUUCAAAAGGUUUCGGUUUUGGAUGAUGAACGCAUUUGGUUAUAUGGGAAGAAAGAUGUGGCCACUGUGUUAAUACCUGUUUACGAUCCGGUUGCACACAGUUCUGUUGUGAAAAUAUGUGAGAAAGCAUUACACAUUGCUCAUAAUGCCCUGAGUGGUGUUAUUGAAGAGAAGUUGGAACUUCUAGGAGUUUCUGAGGUAUUUUUUGCCCAAUAUUUGCAUCAUCGAUAUACGCAACAUCAUGAUAAAAAUGAGUUUCUACAAGCCAUUGUUUAUACCUUGCGAUUUACAUUACUUUCCAAUGCCUACCUUUCUAAAUUGACACUUUGUGAAAAUUCACACGACAGCUUUUUGAAACUCAUUUCGGAAGUGGGGAAAAGUCUUACCUUGGAUAGUGCAAGUAGCGAAAAUAAACCAAAGAAUGGAGAUAUUAUGAAUCCUAUUCCUCCAUUUGAUGAGAUGCGUUGUGAUUACAGUGUCCCGUUUACAGAAUGUGCUGCGGCACUUAAAAAUACUAUGGAUGGCGUGUCUUUGCUUUUUCGAAUAAAGGAAUGGAAAUAA